GGCGCUGAGGGCUGGCGGAUUUGCUGAAAGAGCUGGCUGGCUUGGUGCCAUCAAGGCACGUCCAAGGCCUGGCAGUUUCGAAAAGAUGCUUAGCUGUAGCAAAGCCCUCUGAGAUCUUUUGGUCUUGAAUGAAGGGAGGAACUCACAUUGCUGAAGGUGACUGAUGCUCCCAUUUUUAGAUGCACUCCCACCCCAUGCCCAGCGAUUCCUCUUGGGCUGACAUCACUGCAUCUACGGCCGAGCUAUUUAAGCUGCAGGAGGGCUGGGGGAACCCUGCCCACAUAUGCUGCCAUCGGCCCCUCUGCUCCAUUUCUGGCCAGAGCUAUAGAGCGACAUGCCGCCCAAGAAAGAUGCUCCCGUGAAGCGGCCUGUAGCUCCCCCUCCCAAGCCAGCAGCCAAACCAGCUGCGGCAAAGCCAGCUGGCCCGGCAGCUAAAGCCAAAGCACCGGAACCAGCAGCACCACCACCAGUGGUACCACAGAAGCCAAAGGAGCCUCCGAUUGACCUCUCCAAAGUGGUGAUUGAAUUCACCAAGGAGCAGGUGGAAGAUUACAAGGAGGCCUUUGGGCUCUUUGAUCGGGUUGGUGAUGGCAAAAUCCAGCUAAGCCAGUGUGCAGAUGUGAUAAGAGCCCUCGGCCAGAAUCCCACCAAUGCCGAGAUCAGGAAAGUACUGGGACACCCCAAGCCUGAAGAGCUGAAUUCAAGACGGGUAGAGUUUGAAGAGUUCCUGCCCAUGUUACAGGCCAUCGCCAAGAAUAAAGAUCAAGGCACCUAUGAAGAUUACGUGGAAGGGCUGAGGGUCUUUGACAAAGAGGGAAACGGCACCGUCAUGGGGGCUGAGCUGCGUCAUGUCCUCUCCACGCUUGGUGAAAAAAUGACAGAAGAAGAAGUGGACACCCUGUUAUCUGGGCAUGAGGAUGCCAAUGGAUGCAUUAAUUAUGAAGCCUUUGUUAAACACAUCAUGGCAAGCUGAGCUGAUGUCAGCAAGUACAUGCUGCAUUUCCACAGAGCUACUUAAGGUGGUGCUGAAUAGCUGUCCCCUUCAAGCAAGACUUCUCAACCCCUCCCCUUCCCCAGUGCAGUCAUUAUCCCUUGUGAUUUCUGCCUUUGUGUACACACAACCCGCUGCCCAUCCCUUUUCUUCACUGCUGACUGCAAAGAAAUCUUCCUUUCGACUGUGGUGUCAGAACCUCAAUGAGGAAUCACCCAUGGAACCAGAAGGGGGGCAUCAAGGAACGUUACAACUUCUGUGAGGAACUGAAAGGAAUUCCUCACUGGACUCCACAAACACAAACAAGCUUACCUUGGACAAUAAAACCCUUUGGUAUCAGA